CACUGUUUUGUUCCAAUCAGUUGAAGUGGACAGUCACUUCUCGUCGCUAAAAAGAACGACCUUGUCAAAUUGGACUGAUUGGAGCAUGGCUACGUUUCACUUUGAGAACAAGCGUGCGCUGGUCACUGGUGCAGGCAAAGGAAUCGGUCGUGAUGUCGUGAUUGCGCUGGUGGCCGCUGGUGCGACUGUCACUGCCGUCAGUCGAACUGAGGCCGAUCUCACGUUGCUCAAGCAGCAGUUCCCUGCAAUCAGGACAGUCUGCGUUAACAUUGCUGAUGCUGCACAAGUUCAAGCCGCCCUCCAGAACGUUGGCCCUAUUGAUUUGUUGGUCAAUUGUGCCGGCGUGGCGAUGAAUGAGCCGUUCUUGUCGACUACACUCGAACGAUUUGACGCAACGCUCGACACCAAUGUUCGCGCCGCCUUUGUCGUGUCGCAGCUUGUGGCGCGCGGAAUGGUGGAGCGGAAGACUGGCGGGAGCAUUGUGAACGUCUCCAGCGUCGCAUCUACGUUGGCCUUGGUCGACCACACGUCGUACUGUGUAUCGAAAGGCGCUCUGGACCAAUUGACCCGCAUGAUGGCAUUGGAGCUUGGUCCGCACAAGAUUCGAACCAACAGCGUCAAUCCCACGGUUGUCAUGACUGAGAUGGGCCGCGCAAACUGGUCUGACCCUGCCAAGGCUGGCCCAGUUCUGGCACGCAUCCCUCUGGGAAAGUUCCCUGAGGUGCCGCACGUUGUCAACGCCAUCCUCUACUUCCUCAGUGAUGCCAGUGACAUGAUCAACGGCACUUUCCUUCCGAUUGAUGGCGGCUUGCUGAUUGACUGAGCUCCACGAUGACUUUGGAUGGCAUGUGCACUGUGCGCUUGUAGAUCGAAACAACUGGCAUCACGAGUGGAAGGAAGCAGGAAGGAAGCAACAAACUGAACGAAGCCCCAAAAAAAAAAACGAAAAAAAAAACGAAAAAAAAAAACGAAAAAAAAUG